CUACCAUUUUUAAUGGAAGUUGCUCUGUUCACUAUGACCCGAGUACUAAAGGAGCUUUAACUAUGCUGCUUAUGACAUCAAUGGGUUGUCUAAGUGGUUCCUUGCCUUUUCUGCUCGGUUAUAUCAAGAAGCAUGCAAGAGACUGUUUUGAAGAGCCAGAGAGACCAAGGAAAAUGUUUAUUCUUCUUCUCUAUAGCUUCAUUCUUUUAGGUUUGGUUCUACAAGCGAUAUGGAUGCUGAUUUCGUCAAAUUUUAAUUGGUUUUCAAUACGUAUGACACUGAUACAAAUUGGUACUAUAAUAUUUACAACUACUGGAUUGCUCGCCUUUGGGAUGAUAUCAGCUGGUUUUAUAACGCAAAUGGAGAACCUUGAAACUGAAUUUGGCGAUGAACUAGCCAGGGGAAGGAAAUGUUUAGAAAAGUUCCGAAGGUUAAAAAAAGGUUUAAGUCCAUACCUCUUUGCUGAGUUCUCUUUUAAUACAUUUGUAAUGGUUGUUCUUGUAUUCAUGGUGGUAGGUGUUUUUAAAUCUAAGUUAGACUUGACUAAUCUACUGACAUUGGGAGCGUACACGAUGUUUUCUGGAGUGCAAAUGCUCUAUAUUGGUUUGAUGGCAGAAGAGACAAAAUCAAAGUUUGGAAUUAUCUUGCCCUUUCUCAGAUCUGCUUGUUGUAAGCAACCUGAAAAACAGAUGGAAUACUUACUUCUUAUUCAGGAAAUUCAACUUGAGGAAACCUUCUCUGGAUGUGGGUUCUUUAUGAUUGAAAAAUCUACUUUGUUAUCUGCACUUGGUACUAUUGUAACAUACUCAGUAGUACUCAUUACUUCAGAUAUAUAAUAGAGUAAACUUUAUUAUCGGCACUUAGUACUAUUGUAACAUACUCAGUAGUACUCAUUACUUCAGAUAUAUAGAGUAAACUUUGUUAUCUGCACUUGGUACUAUUGUAACAUACUCGGUAGUACUCAUUACUUCAGAUAUAUAGAGUAAACUUUAUUAGCUGCACUUGGUACUAUUGUAACAUACUCAGUAGUACUCAUUACUUCAGAUAUAUAGAGUAAACUUUGUUAUCUGCACUUGGUACUAUUGUAACAUACUCGGUAGUACUCAUUACUUCAGAUAUAUAGAGUAAACUUUAUUAGCUGCACUUGGUACUAUUGUAACAUACUCAGUAGUACUCAUUACUUCAGAUAUAUAGAGUAAACUUUAUUAUCUGCACUUAGUACUAUUGUAACAUACUUAGUAGUACGCAUUACUUCAGAUAUAUAGAGCAAACUUUAUUAUCUGUACUUAGUACUAUUGUAACAUACUUAGUAGUACUCAUUACUUCAGAUAUAUAGAGUAAACUUUAUUAUCUGCACUUGGUACUAUUGUAGCAAACUCAGAAGUACUCGUUACUUCAGAUAUAUAGAGUAAACUUUGUUAACUGUUUAUAGUGUUACAGUUUAGUACUAUUGUAACAUACUCAGUAGUAUUCAUUACUUCAGUAUUAAGUACACUUUGAUAUAUUACACUAUGUACAUUGUAAACUAAUAAUUAAUUAAAUUAGUUAAAACUAAGUUUUGAAUCUACUUUUCCUAUCUCUAAAUGUGUUCUGUCUUAGAAUUCCAUUGACAAAAUUGUCAUAUAUACAAUGCUCAGUUGCCUUCUUAACAAAAUGAAACUGUUGACGAUU